GCAUCGAAAGCAUCAGUAUUUUCUAAAUAAUACAGACUACAAAAUGUUCAAGUUAGUUAUUUUAACCUGCGCUGUUGCUGCCGCUUCAGGUGGAUUAUUAGCUCCACUAGCCUACAGUGUACCUAUCCUGCCGUCUAACUACCGAGGGCCGUUAUCCCUCGCACCUGGUCAGCCAGCUAAUAUUCUGGCCGCUGAUGGCAGGCCUUUGGACACUUUGGACGUUAACCUGGAUCGCUCCGCUCACUUCACUGCUAAAGCGUUCAAUGGACUGCACCUCCUGAAGAAGCGAUCCGCACCUCUCCUCAGCGCUCCAGUUAUUAGCCCUGUUGCGUUCUCCCAAGGACCAGUGCUCGCUCCUGCUGCUUCAGUUUACUCUGCGGGCAUCGCUGCACCUUAUGUCUCUCCCAUUGCCAAACUUGGUGUGACUUCCUUCGUUAACUGGUAAACGAUCUACUUUGAAAUGUAUUCAAUUAAAUGGCUAGAAAUGUGA